UUAGUAUCCAUCGCUUGGAGCGCUGAAGUUCCAAACCUGAAGUGCAGCUUACGCCGCUGAGUUAGAGCCGAAAACUUUUAUAGUCUUAUACAUACAGAGUUCCCUCUCCUGUAUACAGUCUCCAUGGUAUAACAGGCAAACGCGUAGAAAAGUGUGCGUGUGAGUCAUUUUGGGUGUGAAACGUCGCCGAAAAAGGUCAAGAAAUUCAAGUUGAUUAUAGUUUAACAAUCAUCCUUAUUGUAAUAAAAAAUCACUGAGACGUUCGUGUGUCAAAAAAUUUCUACUUCUAACCAACAAACUUCAUGUCAGCUGACUGAAUGUUUACGCGGACGAUAUCGAAUUGUUUACCGGAUUUUCCUGGCUGAUAUGAGUGGAUAGCAAGAGUUUGAUGUUUUAAACAAACAGAAGAGAUUGUUUAACAGCUGCAGUCAUGACGAUUGCAUUGAUGGAGAAGCUCCGUGAAUAUGGCUGGUUCCUAACGGAGCAAGGCUUUGAAACUGUGAGUGAUUAUGGAAAUAUUAUUGACGUACAGAAGAUCAUGAAACGUGCCUCAGAGCAUGAUUUGAAAGAAAUUGGAAGUGGAGAUGGUGAUAUGAGCCAAGGUGAUAUUGUUUUACAAAUUCAAAAAGUACGUAAUGUAGCUGCUCCAAAGCACAAUGAAGAAUCUCGAGGAGCUCCACGCAUGCUCAAACUUUCCAUGACAGAUGGCAAGAAUAAUUUUCAAGCUAUUGAAAUAGAAAAUGUUUCUUCCAUUAGUUUAAAUACACCACCAGGUACAAAAAUAGUAUUAAGAGGAGGAACUGUACCCAUGUCGCAUGGGAUUAUUUUAUUAAAGCCUUUCAAUGUUGCUCAUAUUUAUGGGGGCAAAGUAGCCAGCCUUGUAGAAAAAUGGGAAUUGAAUAAGAAAUUGGCAUCUCACUCUCGUCUGAGACCUGUUGAAGAAGGUGGACCACCACCAUGGAUUCCAUUUGGCAAGAAAAUAAUCAAAGUCACAGAACAAGGAAAGAAUUUUAAAGCUCUUGCUGAGAAGGAAAAAACUACAGAAGAAAAUGCUGAAUUCGAAACUCAACGUAAGAAUGCUAUUGCAGAAGCUGCUAAACAAGGUAGCAAAAAAAUAUUUGGUGGUGGUAACAAACAACUUCUGGAUCACAGUGUUCAGAAAAUUGUGGACCAAGGAUUUACAAUAGAGCAAGCUGAGCAUGCACUUAAAGUUAAUAGAAAUAACGUGGAUCGUGCCCUUAAAUCUUUGCUGAAAAGUGAAAACAAAAAUAAUAGCAAUAAUAGAGAAGGACGUGAAUCUCGUGAUCCAAAAGGUAAAAGAGGAGAAAAGAAAUCGGAAGAAAUCACAGGAAAGCCGAGCAGUGGAAAGAUAUCUUUGUUUGAUUUUCUUGAGGAUAAAUUACCAGCACAAGUUGAAAUUACCGAAACUAACAAUACUCAUCAUAGAGAUUCUUAUGGUAAAGACAAAAUGGAUAAUUACUCCGAUCGUUAUCAUCAAAGGAUUAAUGAACAAGCUCAGUCAACACGAGGUGGAAGAAAUAACCGAGGUAACCGUGGCUACCAAGUACCUCCACGGCAUCAAGAAGAGAACCGGUCGAACAAAUAUUCCAACAGUUCCGUAAGCAGUCAGCAAUAUAAUCCAUAUGGAGGCAUGAAUUCACAGAAAUCAAAACCACCGAGAUUCCAACGCAAUCAGGAAGCUCAGAGUAUGAAUGAAAGUUAUACGACCAACACUUAUCCUCUAGAACCUAUUGGUAGUUUUACCAAGUUUCCACAAGUUAACGAGUUUAGAAAUACAUUGCCAAGUAUUCCACCUUUUCCUCAACAUCAAGAAGCUAUCACACCACGAGACUUUCCUAUCUCGACUUUUAAACAGAAUCAUCAGGAUUAUCAAGCCACGAUACAACAAGAUUAUCAAUCAAAAAUGAUAAACAAUAGCCGAAAUCAGAGCUACGAUUUCAAUCAUCUUCGACACGGCCAAUUGCCAGAGCCAGAUUAUCGACUGUAUCAAUCCAAUACUGUAGAUCGAAAUUUCAAAGGUAGUCAAUCCAAUCGUUUCUACAGCGCUGCUAACGACAGCUUGGGCUUCCAAGGUAUUAGCGGUGAUUUGACUGAGCAAAAGAGUAAUAGCUACUAUAACAAUAGUAAUAACAAAAGUGAUGAGUCUCUUGGUGGUACUUGGGUGUGGCGUGUUGGCGAUAGGUGUAUGGCCAAAUAUUGGGAGGAUAAUAUGUAUUAUAAUGCCGAGGUGACAGGUGUUUCCAAAAAUACUUGCGUUGUGCAGUUCAAGGAGUUCAACAAUUACGAAGAAGUACUUCAAAUUCAUUGUAUUCCAAUAACCGAUGUUGAUCCACCUCCACACUAUUUCGGGCAAGAUAAUAAUAGGAGGACAGAUCAUCGGCCAAGUAAUCGCCCGCCUCGUUUCGAGCAAAAUCAAAUUAACUCAAACAAUAUGGAAUAUCGUCGCGGUGGCGGUGGUGGAGGCUCAACGAGUGGUAAUAAGAACAAUUAUCGUAAGCGAAAUCAGCAACGUAGCGCUCAACCUAUUUAUCUACCACCAGCUGAACGUGGUGGUGGUGCUGGUAGUAGUAAUAUUGGAUCUCCGUUCACCUAGGAUUUGUUUAUGCCAAGCUAGUACUGCCUCUUCCUCGAGGAGCUCGCUCGUCAUUUCGACGAUGCCAAACUCCGGUGACCGAGGAAUUUAUUCUUAGAAGACGGCAAUAACAAUGUUUUUUGAUUAAGACCCUUUGCUCGUCAAAAACUUCCUUUUUUUGUCUUUUGUUUGUGUUGCAGAUAUUUUGAUUAGCUUUGAACGUCUAUGAAAAAGAGCAAUACUGAUGAAUAAAGGAAUAAAGGGUUAAAAACUCGGAUCUUAUGAUUUUUUUGUCGAGUAUAAAGUUGCAUUCAAAGACAAAAGCAUUUUUAAUAUUAAAUGACUGCUGUAAGCGUGUUUUUCUCUCACUCUUCGUGCAAAUCAUUUGAUAUUAUCUAGUCACAUUUUAGCAGCUCUCUCCGAGAUGAUAGUGUUCAGUACUUAUGUAAAGAAGUUGAAAAUGACUGUUAUGUUAACAAAAAAGAAACUCGAUAUAUGAUCCAAAAUGAAAAAAAAAACGUAACUGUCAUCUUGUAUAGAUACAAUUUUUUCCGAGCAAAGAUUCUGAUUAUAGGACGUUUAUAAAGAUAUUUCCUUAGCCGCCAUAGAUAGUCGAAAUGUUCUAGCAAUCAUCAUUAAAAAGAAAGCGCAAUCGCAAUUAUACUUACAUUGUAUUAUAUAAUGAGAAGAAAUAACUUAAGUGUGGUGGAAUAAAUCUGAUUGCAAAGUUGCGUUUAGCCAAAAAAAAGCAUAACGCGUCAUUGUCUUUAAACGUGAAAAUACAUUCGCUGUUUAUAUAAGAUGGCGUUUGAACUUUGUAAUAUUUAUUAAUACGUUUCCACGACAUAGCUGUAUGUUUUACAAUUAAACUAGCAAAGUGAAAACGUUCAAUAAAUGUAUUUUAUUGACUUUUUUAACCUGACAGCGUAUUAUCCUUCUUCGUUU